AUGGGAGCCAGUACAUCGACGGAGCUGAUCCAGAUCGCUCAGAUACCAUUCGCAUUGCUGGCCAUCACUGGACUGGACGGGAUCCUGUGGCCCACGCAGACGUUGCUGAAAGAUGACGCAAUAUACGACUACAUAGUGGUGGGAGCUGGGUCAGCUGGUUGUGUGGUCGCCAGGAGACUCGCUGAGGAUGGGAACAACUCCGUGCUGGUACUGGAGGCUGGGGACGAUCCUCCUAUCACUGCUAUGAUAGCAGGAGUAUUCGACUUACUACCAGGAUCGUACGUGGACUACAACUACACUUCCACUCGGGAUGAGUACGCAGCUCGCAGCCAGAAUAACUAUACGAUGAUCACCGCUGGGAAAAUGUUAGGAGGCAGCGAUUCACUCAACCACUUCAUCCAUACUAGAGGAACAGAAUAUGACUAUAACUGCUGGGCCAAAAUGACCAACGAUGAUUCCUGGAGAUAUGAAAAUGUACUUCCCUAUUUCAAAAAAAGCGAAAGAGUAGAUGACCCGGAGAUCCUACAAGCAUAUGGCGAGUAUCAUGGUAUAAAUGGGCCUAUGGGUAUUACUAGACAACUUGAAAAUGAUACAGUUAGUGAUUUAUUAAAAGCUUUCGCUGAAGCUGGUAAUCCAUCAGUACUGGACUUGAAUGCAAAUGUGUAUAUAGGUUACACUCAACCACAGUACAUGUUUGCUGAUAGAAAACGACAGACACCAGCGUACACUUACCUCAAACCUAUCAAAGAUUACUCGAAUCUUCACGUUUCUAAAAACACCAGAGUUACAAAGAUUAUUUUCGAAGGCAAAGUCGCCGUCGGUGUCGAGGCUAUGUACAAAGGCAAAACAUACAGAUUCCGAGCUGCAAAAGAAGUAAUAGUAUGUGCAGGAGUAUACAAUACUCCUCAGCUACUCAUGCUGUCAGGAAUCGGUCAUAGAAAACAUUUGAAGUCUUUCAAUAUUGAUUUAAUCCAAGAUCUACCCGUCGGAGAUAAUCUAGUAGACCAGGUUGCAGUCACGAUAGUACACAAAUUGAAAAAAUAUCCGAUACCAAUCCCUGCCAUACCCAGUGACUUGACGAAAAUACCUUUUCCUAUUUUAAUAGGAUCGGCAGCUUUAAACAAAACGAAACAAAUCCCAGAAUAUCAAACGUUCAACAUAUUCCUUGCCCAUGACUUGCCAUACUUGACAAUUGCUUGUGCCCAAGUGUUCGGUCUGCGGAAUGAAAUAUGUGACAGAUGGCAGAAACAGGUCGAGUCUAGAGACUCAUUGUACACUAUUCUGACUAUCCUCCAGCCGAAAUCAAGAGGCAGAGUGCGUUUAGCAAGCAGCAAUCCAUACGACGACCCAAUAAUUACAACUGGUUUCUUUGAUAAAGACGAAGAUUUGAUGAACAUGUUGAAGUAUGUAAAAGACUUUAUUUCUGUUGGUGAGACGGAGUAUUUUAGAGAGAUUGGAGCCGGAGUAGUCGGUCUCGACCUUGAGGAGUGUGCAGACAAGGAAGCAGGUAGUGAUGAGUUUUGGAUAUGUUAUGUCCUGAAUCACGCCAGUAGUCCGUAUCAUCAGACCAGCACGUGUCCUAUGGGCAGAGUGGUGGACAGUCAGCUGCUGGUGAAUGGUGUAGAGAAGCUUAGAGUGGUCGAUGCGAGUGUGAUGCCCAGGAUCCCUCGCGCGGCUCCCAAUGCUGCCGUCAUCAUGUUGGCGGAGAAAGCUAGCGAUAUGAUCAAGAAUGCGAACCAAUGA